CUUGGACAUACGUCAACCAAUCAGCGCCCGCAGCGCAGAAUUCGAAAAUUAACGUGCGGAAGUGCUGUGUGUAGAGGGCUAUGGUUGUCCAUGGUUUCUUCACUAUUAAACGUCUACGAGAUUGCAGAUAAACAAAAGGUACACCACCAUGGCGAGGGAGCGGGUCAACAAGAAGUCCUACCAGGAAAGUCUGCAGAACAUUAAAGGAAAGAUGAAAGAAAAAAGGAACACGCGACUGUCCAUCGCGUGUGCAGCCAGCAGGGGCGUGUCCAAAAUGAAAAAUAAAAUCGCCAGUAACAACCAAACUAUACUAAAAAACGUCCAAUCCAACAACAAAGCUCUGGCUUUGGCACUCCAGGCAGAGAAGGAGAAGGUGCGACAGGCCCAAGUGAUAAUCUUGCAGAUGAAGAAGGAACAACAGGCAUUGAUGCUCCACAUCCUGCUAAUGAAGAAGAAGCUGAAAGACUAUGAAGCUCUAACCAAUGCGCGGAAUUUAACCGCAGAGGUCUCUCUGGGUCAUCCUCCCUCUCUCCAUUCCCUAGCCAGGGAUACUCUGAAUUGUGACGGCAAAGAGCCAACAGACCCACGGGAGCCUUUGCCGAAAGAUGCAUCUCCCCAUCCAGGCAGUCUCGUCGGUACUGCUUGUAGUGACCAGGCCAUGUUGCCGAGGACUGUGACGUCACGGCGACGGCGGCCCGAGAUCAGGAGAAGUUCCGCUCGAAGGCGGUCGCUGCAUGAGCGAAACAUUCCGGUGUCGUCGGAUUCUCCUGUGCUGAAAGAGAAUGGGAAUGCGCAUUUGGACGAGAAGCCGGCAGAGUCUGCAGCCCCACAGGUGCCUGUGGAGGACCUGGACACUUUCUCCAUGGAGGUGAGGGCAGCUGAGCAAUCUACACCCAAGGCCCCCACCCGGGCUCGCCAGGAUGCACAGAAGAAGCAGCAGGCGGGGCCCAAAAACAGGCCGGAGAGAGGGCGGAAACCGGACCGAGUGCCACUGAAGAAGCCCUGGGAGAGCAGCAAAUCCAGGGCCCGGUCCAGGAGCCGGGAUCGGUCCAACACGAGGAGGAAGCCAACCCCUGCCGAGAAGCUUAAUGUGUCCCUGGGUGGAAAUGACACUUUUGACUUUGACUGUGAGGAGAGUGUACACGUGACACCCUUCAGGGCUGCAGUUAAAGCCACAGAUGAGGACGGCCCAGAGACGCCCAUCCGGCUGGGCACCACUGUGCCGGAGGAAGAUGGGGUGCCUUCCAAACUCCCCGGCCCGGCUCCAGUCCCCCCAGCUUCUUGGGACACCUCGGACUCGGAGUCUAGCUCAUGUGAGGAUCAGGACGACAGCUUGUACAUGCCACGCAAAAGGACCAGGCAUCCUGCCGGGGCUGGGAGGGACAGAGCCCAGAGUCCGCCGCGGAGAGCCAGGUCCAAGAGGAGGUCUGCUCUGCUGGUGAGGGCACUAGGGAAGGAGAACGUCUCACCAACCCAGCCCCAGGCUCAGGCUCGGAAAAGGGAAAAACAAAGAAUUUUCCAAGCUGUACCCUGUGAUGUAAAAGCUGUUCCUGCAUUUGACCCCAUGGAGGUGUCCUUCCAAACUCCAGGUCUUCAGCCUGCGGAGCAGGUAGAGGACAACCUCUCCGGUGAGCAGAACGCGGCGGCUCUGAUCCCCGAUGUGCCAGCCGUACGGGAGGCUGUUCUUCGUGAAGACGGUGCCCUCCGCACGUUCACCGCCCAGGCUAAUGCCCCCCCGGGCCGCGAGAACUAUAUCCCAGAGACGAUGCAGAAGAAGAUCAGAAAAAGCAGGCUGUGGGUCCGGGCCAGCUGCAGGACGACUCCAUGUGACGUGACAAAUCUCUCUUCUGCAGCCUUCCGAAAGUCCUCAGUUGGUAGGCCACGCCCCUCCAGCACAGACUCCACCCCUGUGCUGGCCCGUAAGCGUCGCUGCACCAUCACCGUGGACUACAAGGAGCCCACGCUCAGUGUGAAGCUUCGCCGAGGAGACCGGUUUACGGACACCAAGUUCCUGUGCUCGCCCAUAUUCAAGCAGAAGUCCAGGAGGUCGCUGAAGAAGCAACCGAAACUGGAGAAGUACAACGAAUCCUUUGUUGGUUGUCGUUGAAUGGAAAGCGGACUUGGAGUUCUGAGACUUUUGCAGUAAUCUCACUCCCUCCUCUGUGGCCACCGUUCUUCUGAAGUGUGGUUCCAUUCGCUUCUUCAGUCCACCGUUCUUGGCUUAUAGUCGGCAGUGGACUCCAUCCUUCCAUGGCCCCAGAAACCCAUUAAGAUCCCUUUCUGGACUGGAGCCGGCUGUAUAAGAACCUUGUUACAAUGACCAUUCUUAAACACGCCUUUUAGUGUAUCUGGUAUGUCUGUCAUUGUAAUGAAGCACUAUAUGCACAGUGAUUUGUGUUUGGUAAAAUCCAAAUUCUGCAGUGCUGACUGGGUCAUGUGGCGCCUUGCUGCACGAGACCUCGAGCCCUUUUUGGGUUCAGGAGUGUUUGGUUAAGUUCUGCGCCAAACCAAUGCCGCUUAUUAAAUAUUUUUAAAUCCUAUUUUAAGUUAGCCGUAACUAGGUAGCAGAAAUUGAUUCAUAGUCAUGUUUUACUUCGGUUCUUAAAUGAUCAGUCCUUUUUUUAAUUCCUGUUUUUAACCGAGUUAUUUCUGAGUUUUUUUUUUUUUAUUAAAGAAAUUUUACCAUACUAUCUUAUGUAGUCUUCACACAAAUUCUAUUUAAAUUUUCUUUAAAAGACAAUUUUGGCAUUCUGGGUGAAGUUUUAGCUUUUACAUUUAGAAAAGUAUGUUAUGCUGUCAGCAAUGUGUGAGCUGUAUAAUAUCCUGACAUGAAUUAAAACCAGUACACAGUCUUUUCCAAUGCA